AAACGUGGCACUGCUGAGGGAACUAAAAUGGAAUUUAAGAAGCCACAACUUGGUUGCUGCUUUCCUAAUAAUAAUGCAUCUUGUUACAAAUUAAUUUAUGAAACAGAUGUCUAUGUAUGCCUUUAUAUUUUCUCUGUUCUUUUGAACUCAGUCACUAUCUGUGGAAAUCUUUUGGUUGUCAUUUCUAUUUCUCAUUUCGUGCAGCUCCACACACCGACUAAUUUUCUGCUCCUUUCACUUGCAGCAGCUGAUUUCUUGGUAGGUUUGUUUGUGUUGCCCUUUUCUUUGGUUUUACAAAUUGAAACCUGCUGGUAUUUUGGGGUCAUUUACUGUUAUGUGUAUGUGGCACUUGCUAAUAUCUUUGAUGUGGCCAUUGUUACUCAUUUGGUGUUAAUAUCAAUUGAUCGUUACAUUGCUGUUUGUAAUCCAUUCUUUUACAGCUCAAACAUAACUCACAAUAUCACAAAUGUCAGCAUUGUAGUGAUGUGGUUGUAUUCAUUUAUAUUUACAUUUACUUUUGUAUAUUUUAGUUAUAUCGAAACAGGGAAAUGUGAACAAUACUGUGUAUUUUAUGGAUAUGAGUAUUCAGCUUUUGUUUUUUUACUUUUUCUUUUUAUAAUCCCAUAUUUAGUAAUGAUAUGUGCAUAUACAAGAAUAUUUAUAGUUGCUAAAAAGCAUUCUAAAGCGAUUAAAUGUUUGAUUGAAAAGAUGCAAUCAGUGGAGAGCAGCAAUUCAAACACACCUAAAACAUCAGAAACAAAAGCAGCAAAGACCCUCGGACUGGUGGUGGGCGUCUUUAUGGUCUGCUGGUUACCUCUCACUUUGUUUGAUUUUUGUGUCUAUGAUACUUCAGCUCUCUUGGAUGAAAUAAGGAACUUCUUAGUUCUGGUCAGUGAGGUGACCUUUGGAAUUAAUCCAAUUAUUUAUGCUUUUUUUUAUCCCUGGUUCAGAAAAGCACUUAAAAUAACACUGAGUUUUAAAAUAUUUAGCCCUUCUUCUUCAGUGAUUAAUUUAUUGUAAGUUUUAAAUCUUGAUGACAGUGCACAGUAACAUUCAGUGCUGACAAUGUGCGUGUAUUUUUUUCUUAAAUUAUUUAUUCUUUGUUUUAAUAAUCAGAACUGAGCAGCUUCUUCAAAUUCUAGAAGUGUCAUCCAUUUUCUUAUCGACUCCUGUAUGCCAGUUUUAUGUUUGGUUGUUGGUGUGGCGUCAGGGCAGGAGCUCAUCAAAGAUGGGAUGUCACUGUUGGCCAGUCCAAGAGUCACUUGUGUGCUUACCUGCUGUCACUGCCACUGUCCACUAAAGUGACGUUCAAAUAAGUGAUGUGGGGGACAAAACCUAAAGAUGUCAAAACAGAAAAAAACUCAAAUCCUCAAAGACUUAGCGAUGACACCCUGAGUGCAGGUCCUUCGACAUGUGACGUUGUGACAAAAGUCAUUCCAGCCAGGCAUACACUACUGUAUGUCACAAAAUGUACAGACAAUGCAUAGAUUAAUAAAACAGUAAACUGUGAGACGUAAAGAGAAAUAUCAGUGAGUGAGCAGUGAGCAGCCUGUGUGACAGCAGACAAGUGUACUCCAUAGCUGGCCAGAUGUAUUUGAAGAUGAUGAUAUCAGUAAACGU